AGGCAUGUUGUCAGCGCUUCGCACUUUGGCUCCGCGCCCAGCACGCCAGCUUGCGUCCAUCGUCAGAAGUGUGAGCACGGAACCUGGAGAAGCACCUAAGGGAAUUGCAACUACUGGGACUCCUUUCCUGGAAACGUCCUCAUCCGGUGAAUAUGCUAUGGCGCGAAUUGACGAUUUGAUGAACAUGAUCCAACGUACGUCGCUGUGGCCGUUGACGUUUGGUUUGGCUUGCUGCGCCUUUGAAAUGAUGCAGUUUGCUGCUCCACGUUAUGAUAUGGAUCGUUACGGUGUCGUAUUUCGUGCUUCUCCAAGACAGACUGAUUUGAUCAUUGUCGCUGGAACUGUGACAAACAAAAUGGCGCCAGCGCUUCGGAGAAUCUACGAUCAGAUGCCGGAAGCAAAAUGGGUAAUUUCCAUGGGUUCGUGUGCGAACGGUGGUGGAUACUACCACUAUUCCUACUCGGUGCUGAAAGGUUGUGAUCGAAUAAUUCCCGUUGAUAUCUAUAUACCUGGAUGCCCACCCACGGCAGAGGCGCUGCUCUAUGGCGUUCUCCAGCUGCAGAAGAAGAUAAAGCGGAAGCGUGAAGCUCAGCUCUGGUACAGGCGUUGAACAGACACGGCUAAAUCUCUAAGCCGUUGUUAUGUUGUACAUUAGUCUCUUAUUUUAGAUGUACGUAGUACUUGGUAGUUGUAGAAUUUUCGAGGGUGUAAACAUUAACCAAA